GCACGCUUAGUCAUUUCACAGAUAACCAAUUCUCUGCGGUGGAAAGGAAGUGAAAUCGAAAUCGAAAUCGAGAUCAAUCCAAUCAAACCCUAGCGAGCGUACGAAGAUGCCGAAGAAGAUGGGAGUCAACAGCAAGGCGGAGGUCGCGAGAUCCCGAAAGAACGCGGCGGAGGCGGAGCAGAAGGAUCGGCAGACCCGGGAGAAGGAGGAGCAGUACUGGCGCGAGGCGGAGGGCCCCAAAUCGAAGGCGGCGAAGAAGCGGGAGGAGGACGCUGAGAAGAAGGCCGAGACCGCGGCCAAGAAGGCGGAGGCGAGGCGUCUGGCGGAGCAGGAGGAGAGGGAGCUGGAAAAGGCCCUGAAGAAGCCGGACAAGAAGGUCAGCCGCGUCUCGGCCCCGGUCCCGAAGGUGACGGAGGCGGAGCUCGUCAGGAGGAGAGAGGAGGAGCAGGCGGCGCUGGCGAAGAAAGCGGAGGAGUCGAAGAAGAAACAGGCGAGGAUGGCGGCGGAGGAGGAGUACGAGAAGAUGGUGUUGGUGUCCAAUACGAACAGGGAUGAUUCGGUCAUCGAUGCAAGGACCGUUGAUGAGGCGCUCGCAAAGAUGAGCGUCGGGGAUAGUCUCCCCGUUGAUCGACACCCGGAGAAAAGGCUCAAGGCUUCCUUUAAGGCUUAUGAAGAAGCUGAGAUGCCAAGGCUGAAGGAGGAGAAGCCAGGUCUUACUCACACUCAGUACAAGGACUUGAUUUGGAAGAUGUGGAAGAAGUCUCCUGAUAAUCCUCUUAACCAGGCUGCUGCUGCUGCUGAGUGAAUUGCAAAUCGUAAACAGAGCAAAGGGAAGGUCUCAUAAGGGGGGAAGAGAGGAUAUGAUGUCAAGUGUGAGACUUUUGUGUGAGGUGCUUAUGGCAUAUUUUGCUUGACAUUUGUUGCUUUGUGUAAAAACUAUAAUAUGAUAUAAGUAGUAGGUAAAUGGAUAGUAGAUACAUCUUGAAUACUGUCUUGUUACCUUUCUUCCAGUGUACAAGAGAUAAGCAAGGUCUCUAGAAUCUUGUUCACUCUUUGCGUUUAUUGAGAUGGAAUUUGCGUCUAGAGAAA